AUGAAUCUGACCGACAUCGCACGCAUGUCCGAGCGUGAAGCCAUUGAGAGUUUCUGGUGGUGGAAGCCACGCCAAGAUGCGGCUGAUAAAGAAACAAAAGGAUCGGUACCGUUGGGAAUGUGCGCCGUGCAUCUAUUCGAAGCGCGGUGGUGGCAUGCACGCGACUCGCGCCUCCCCAUCAAAUCCGUGCUGCUCUUGGUCUAUCUCUGGAGUACCGGUCUCUCGUCCGUGCAACAAUUGUCCAAGGAGAUGGGCGACGUUGCCGCCACCACCGUGAUAGAUUGGUGCCGCUAUUUGCGAGAUGUUUGCGGCUGGGCUACCAGUGAACGUUUGAAGGAAAGCCGCAUCGGCGGCCCCGGAACCAUUUGUGAACUAGACGAAACCGUGAUGUCGCGCAGGAAAUAUCAUCGGGGUCGUAUCGUAAAAGCUCGUUGGCUUUUUGGAGGCAUCUGCCGCGAAACGAAGGAGAUGUUUGCUGUACUUGUCCCAGAUCGUCGCGCCGAGACCCUGAUGGGGCAGCAUCACCGCCCACAUUGCGCCUGGCACCACGAUCAUUACGGACGGUUUGCCUCUUACAAGGGUCUGGCCGACCACCCUGACUAUAACUGGCAAUGGGUGAACCACAAAGAGAAUUUCGUGAAACCUGGCCAUCCCCAAGUGCACAGCAGACAGUUGAGCGGUAGGGAUCGAAGAUAUAGACUAUCGCUCGAUUUACAAUGUGGCGUCCCAAGAAGGACGCUGUGCGAUCUCGUCACGGCACGGAUGAGGGGACAGGUGGAAUCUUAUGUGGCGGAAGGGAUCUGGCGACAACUACACGGCAACGAUGAUGCAUUUAAAAGACCAUUCUCGCGGAUAUUGCUUUUUUGGCCGCCCGGAACCGAUAUUGAUAGUGUUCCAUUCUAUGCCGAAGAA